AUGGGAGUCCCCUCCGAGCAUGCGUCAAAUGCUAUCAUCUACACCACCUACUGCGUCUUCCUGCUAUUUGGUUUAGCCGUAGGCAUAAAGUUCGCCAGGUCAAAAAGCGACUUUCUGGCUUCGCUUCGAACGCAGUCCGCUUUACCUCUCGCACUGAACUUCGCUACCUCUGGCUUGGGCUCUGGGAUUCUAUUCACGUAUCCUGAAAUUGGCAAUAUUGCUGGAGUGCAAGGCGUCUUGACAUAUGCAAUCGCAUCGUCGUUGCCGAUCAUGACCUUCCCCUUCCUCGCUUCUCGCAUCCGCAAGGCCUGCCCUCAUGGAUUCGUCCUCACUGAAUACGUCCGCGAACGCUUUGGCAUCGUCGCUUCGCUGUUCCUCAGCAUAUUCUCAGUCUUGACGAUGUUCUUGUAUAUGUGCUCUGAGCUCACAUCCGUUUCCCUCGUCAUCAACUCGUUGACAGGAUUAAAUGGUCUUCCUGCAACAAUCGUGGAGGUAGUCGUGACGAUUUUGUAUACUGCUGUCGGGGGAUUACGCACAUCCCUGAUUACCGAUAACAUCCAAGGCGUUAUGAUCAUAUUCUUGAUGAUUAUAUGUACCAUUGCAGUGGGCGUGAACGUGCAUAUCGAUAAGGGUGCUAUUCCUGACUCUGGGUUGACCCACGCUACCAAGCUCGGUUGGCAGCUCCUGUAUAUUCUCCCUGUCGCCAUUGUAUUCAACAAUUACUUCCUAUCUGGCUAUUGGCAACGCGCCUUUUCCUCUAAGACAGACAAGGAUUUAUUCUGGGGUUGCUUCGGUGCCACUAUUUUCAUUUUUGUCAUCCUCACCCUUGUCGGAUUCUCCGGCAUUCUUGCCAACUGGGCAGGCCUCAUCGACCCAGAGGUCGAAGGCGCGGGCAGCGCAUCCUUCUUCAUCCUGCUCUCAACGCUCCCUACUUGGGUUGUCGGCUUCUGCAUCGUUUUCGCCUUGACGAUGUCUUGCGCAGCCUACGAUACACUCCAGGUCGCCAUCGUUGCCACUCUCAGCAACGAUGUCUUCCGCAACAAAAUCAACAUGUGGUGGGUGAGGAUCAUCCUCGUCGUCAACAUCCCUGCUGUUGUGGUGGCUACAAAAGGCCUAAACAUCUUGGUGCUGUUCUUGAUUGCUGAUUUGGUAUCGGCGGCUCUAUUACCCCCCAUUUUGUUGGGGUUGAUACCGAGCUUGUAUUUCUUGAAUGGCUUUGAUGUAGUUGUGGGUGGCUUGGGCGGCUUCUUGACGGUGUUCUUCUUUGGUCUUAUUUAUUACGACGGAAACGCGGCAGCUGCUGGAGGACUCCUUAUCUUGGAGAAGGGCCUCUACGCCAAUGACUGGUCCGCCUUUGGAGCUUUCGUCGCCGCACCCGUUGGCAGCAUGCUUUGGACAGCAGGGGCGUUCGGCCUUCGUUGCGCAUACUACAUGAUCCGUUCCAAAAGGACCGGAGAACCUUUCCGAGUAUUCGAGAGGAGAGAAGUCGAUAGGGCCCGAUUCGCUGACGCUGCGACUAGAGCAGGGAUAUUCAUCCCGGACGAUUUCAAUGACGCGGGAUCUACGGGCUCUGGAGUUGCUAUCAGUGAAGGGGACAGGAAGUCUCCUGAUGUUGGUGCUUCUGAAGACGUGAAGCGACCUGAGGAUUUGGCAGCGUGA